AUGCCCGCGAUGAGUGAUCUGAAGCCUGCAAUCCUUGCGGCGGGUACUCUGUUCAUGCUUGCCGUGCUCUACUUGCUUGUGAGGGAUGAGGCGGAGGAAGAGAAUGGCUCUGUUGGCAAGGAUCCGAAGUCGCUGCUGAAGGAGGUGCUGACUCAGCUGCUGGAUGUGGAGCAGCGGGCAAAGCGGGUGGUCGAGGAGCUCGUCCGAGAGCAGCUGUCCGGCAAGGAAGUCUCCAUAGAUGAAGCGUACCGGCGCGUGGAAGCCUGCGAUCUAGUCGACCCGCUGGAGAAGCAAGGGCUUAGUAUCCAAGAGUUUGAAGCGAUGGUGGCGGAGCAGCAGAACGACCCCUGGGUGAUGGAGUCCAUGGUGCGGCUAUCCGGACAGCACCCCGCCGACAUGAAGCCUGGCGGUGUGGACCUGGAUGUCGCGAAGAUUCUCGCGAUGAAGGAGUUUGCGCUCGUGGAGCUGGAGAAGCUAGUUGCAAGCUUCCUGAGCGAGCCAAACGCGGAAUCCAAGGAUUUCAAGGCGGCCACCGUCGCCCUGAAGGCCCUGGUGCACGCUAAAGUGGAGAAGGCUCACGGGGUGGCCGCCGAUGAGGUCGAAACCGCUGCCGUCAUGAAGCAGGAGGAGCUCAUCCGAAAUCCCGACUUUGUGGGCAUCCUGAAGCGUCAGCAGACGGUGAUGCAACAGCUCAUGAGCAAACUGAUGUCUGGACCAAAGGAUGUCGGUGGAGACGUGGAUUGA